AUGUCAUACGAGAGACAGCAGAAUGAUGCCAUUCUCGGAGAUCUCUUUGCGGAUCCCACCUGCAGAUCCGAGUGGGACACGCAUAGUCCCCACGUCUGGUGGUUCAGCCAAGUGGGUAGCAUGUCCAAUUGCGGACCUCGUCGGCCAUCUCGACGACCAAGCACAGCGUUGUUUGGCAGCAACGGAGUUCGGAAAUCUCGACACUGUCCCUUGGCUCCACCAAGUGGCUUGGUCGACAAGGCAGUGUGGGGUCCGUCGGCGACUGUGGGGUAUUGGAGUCACAAGCGAGCUCGGCUGGAAAUCUUUGGCCAUUGGUGGAAAGGCGCUAAAAAGCGAGCCGACAUCAUCGCGCCUCGAAGGCGAAGAAGCUCGGUAGUGUCCUUGGUAUCGACACAGGUGGUCAAGAAGAUGACCGACACUGCGGAUCCCCUUAAAGCUGCUGACCGCAGAGAAGAGGAGGGAGGGAGAGAGAGCACAAGGGGGGGAAUUCCCGAUGUGAGGGGUCAAAUCGCCGAUCGCUGCUCGGCCGGGCCGAUGGACGGCGAUUUGGUCGGCACGGAAGAACCGUCAUCGCUGUGCGACGCUUCGACGCGGAAAAGAAGGAAGGGGGUUUAG